CGGCCGCCGCUCUGCGCGCUCCGUCCCGCUGGCCGCGCAGUUCUAACACAUGGUUUUAAUGCUCCAUCUGAACAACUGAGAUGAGACUGAAGACUUCCCUUUUAAAGGAGCCCAAACAUAAGGACUUGGUGAGCUGUGUGGGAUGGACAACAGCUGAUGAGCUCUACUCCUGCAGUGAUGACCACCAGAUCAUGAAAUGGAACCCUGUGACCAGCGAGACCACUCGGGUGGUGAAGCUCCCAGAUGAUGUUUAUCCCCUGGAUCUGCACUGGUUUCCCAGAGGGAUUGGGGGCAAGAAGCAAUCCCAGGCUGAGAGCUUUGUUCUGACCAGUUCUGAUGGGAAAUUCCAUUUGAUUUCCAAGCUAGGAAGAGUGGAGAAAAGUGUAGAAGCACAUUGUGGAGCUGUCCUUGCAGGAAGGUGGAACUAUGAGGGAACAGCCCUGGUUACAGCUGGGGAAGAUGGCCAAGUGAAAAUCUGGUCAAAAAGUGGAAUGCUGAGAUCCACUUUGGCUCAGCAAGGAACACCAGUGUACUCAGUAUCCUGGGCCCCUGACUCUGACAAAGUUCUCUACACCUCAGGGAAGCAGCUGAUUAUUAAACCCCUCCAGCCAAAUGCCAAAAUUUUGCAGUGGAAAGCCCACGAUGGCCUGAUUUUAAAAACUGACUGGAAUUCAGUGAAUGAUCUGAUUCUUUCUGCAGGGGAAGAUUGCAGGUAUAAGGUGAGUUCUGGUUCAGUUUUAACUAAUGACCAAAAAAUUGAUUACAAAUAUUCCUCAGGAUAUCAAAGUACAGGUGAGUAUUUUAUUAGCAAAACCACUUUAUGUCUCUGUGAUAAAACUGGGUGGUCUUAUGCCCUGGAGAAGCCCAGCACUGGCAGCAUUUUUGCCAUUUCCUGGUCCAUCGAUGGCACCCAGCUGGCUGGAGCGUGUGGGAAUGGCCAGGUCAUCUUUGCCCACGUGGUGGAACAGCACUGGGAGUGGAAAAACUUCCAAAUUACCUUAAUUAAAAGAAGAACCAUGAAGGUGCACAAUGUCAUCAACGAUGCCGUGGAUUUGUUGGAAUUCCGGGACAGGGUGAUUAAAGCCUCCCUGAGCUGUGGAUAUUUGGUGGUUUCCACCUCCCUGCAGUGUUACGUGUUCUCGACAAAGAACUGGAACACUCCAUUGAUUUUUGACCUGAAGGAAGGAACUGUAAGUUUGAUUCUCCAAGCAGAAAGGCAUUUUCUUCUUGUGGAUGGUGGAGGACUUUAUUUAUAUUCCUAUGAAGGCAGAUUAAUUUCUUCUCCAAAAUAUCCAGGCAUGAGAACAGACAUUUUAAAUGCCCAGACAGUGUCCCUGAGCAAUGACACCCUGGCAGUGAAGGACAAAGCUGAUGAGAAGGUUAUCUACAUAUUUGAAGCUUUAUCUGGGAAGCCUCUGGGUGAUGGAAAACCUCUGACCCACAAGACAGAGAUUGUGGAGAUUGCUUUGGACCAGAAGGGUCUGACAAGUGAGAGAAAAAUAGCUUUUAUUGAUAAGAACAGAGAUCUUUUCAUCACCUCAGUGAAAAGAUUUGGGAAGGAACAGAAAAUUGUCAAAAUAGGAACAAUGGUGCAAAGUUUGGCCUGGAAUGACACCUCCAACAUCCUCUGUGGGAUUCAGGAUUCCAGAUUCACAGUCUGGUAUUAUCCCAACACAGUUUAUGUGGAUAAAGAUCUUCUCCCAAAAACCUUGUAUGAAAAAGAUGCCAGUGAGUUCAGCAAAAGCCCUCAGAUUGUGAGCUUUGUGGGGAACCAGGUGACCAUCAGGAGGGCAGAUGGCUCCCUGGUGCACCUGCACAUCCCCCCCUACGCCGCCAUCCUGCACGGCUACUACGCCGCCAUCCUGCACGGCUACGUCGGCGCCGCGCGCUGGCAGGACGGCGUCCGGCUCUGCCGCUUCGUCAAGGAUCAGACCCUGUGGGCUUGUUUGGCUGCCAUGGCAGUGGCCCACAAGGACAUGACCACAGCUGAAAUCGCCUACGCAGCAAUUGGCGAGAUUGACAAAGUGCAGUACAUCAACUCCAUCAAGGAUCUGCCAUCCAAGGAGUCCAGGCUGGCUCACAUGCUGCUGUUCAGUGGGAACACCCAGGAGGCUGAAACCCUCCUGCUGCAGUCAGGCCUGGUUUACCAGGCUAUCCAAGUCAACAUUAAUCUUUACAACUGGGAAAGAGCCCUGGAGCUGGCAGUGAAGCACAGGACACACGUGGACACAGUCCUGGCUUACAGACAGAAAUUCUUGGGAGAUUUUGGGAAGAAAGAAACCAACCAAAGGUUUUUGCAAUAUGCAGAAGGUCUGGAAGUGGAUUGGAAUAAAAUCAAAGCCAAAAUAGAGAUGGAAAUUGCCAAAGAAAGGGAACGAGCAGCAGCCAGUGCUGCAGUGAGGACCAGUGUGACUGUGCAGCAAUAAUUCACAUUUUGGGCACCUCCAAAGUGCUGCUUCAAUAUUUGGUACUGGCUUGUUGUAAAAAAAAAAAAAAA